ACACCCUUCAUCAUCACUACCACAUCGCCAGGAGGCGGCAACGAUCCAACGAUCGUCCCAGUCAUCUUUCCCUUCAAAGGGCCCCCAAUCAUCUGCUUCGGCUGUUUCCCGGGCAUUGAGUUCCCUCCAAAAUUCAAACUCACACUCGAGGUCCCCGAGUUCUGCAUUAAAAUAUUUUUCAUUGAGAUUGGCAACUGCGACAAGGGCGGAGACGAUGAGGGCGGUGACGAUAACGAGGAUGACAAAAACGAUGAUAAAAAGAAUGACGAUGACAAGAAGGACGACAAGACAGAGACAGAGGAGAAGUCCACGUCGACGUCAACCUCAUCUUGCACGACGACUGUCACUGCAACCCGUCAAAGUGUCUUUUGCUCCGUCACAGUCACUUCAAUCACCAAUGGAGGCAACGCCAGACGCGACGCGCAAGCUGCCGCCACGAACUGUGUCACCAGCGCCUACACCACAAUCACCGGCUGCAGUGCGACGCCAGCGGCAACGACCGUGACAACCACGUCCACAGCAACCCACACCGACUUCCCACAACUAUGCAGACCCGGGAAGUGUGGCGGCAAGGGCGGGUCCUCCUGUCCACAAUUACAGAAGAGAACAGCGGCGGAAGAGACAUUGCUCGCACACCGGUCAUUGGAACUGGCCAAGCGCGGCUUGCCGGGUCACGGUUUCUGGUACGAUCCAGAUGAGGACUAUACACCCGAAAACCGCGCCAAAUUUCUUCCCGACCAAGUAGAUCAAAUCGGUGAGUGGCAUGCCAUCAAGGACGAAAUUGGGCUUGAUAUCAGAGGCGGAUAUAUGCCGGAGUAUGUGUCCCACGGCGAGGAAGGUGUUGUCGGCGAAGAAAUGGGUGGCUCAAUGACGUCGAGUUACAUCCGCUUCGGCAAAGACGUCGGAGCAAUCGCGCUCGAGGGACUCUACGGCUGCACAUCCAUCGUUAUAGUCUCACAGCGUGGCGCAUGGGUCAGCCAUAUCUGGGAAGACCAGCUAGGGGACGAAGCGUCAUGGGCCCUCCUGAGAGGGAAGCUUGGCCCGCUGCGUAAGGGAUAUCACGACAAAGCGCCACACGAUUGGGAAUACUCCGCGCGCGAUUUUAUGAUGUACGGUCUGGAAGACAUGAUCAUGAAGCCGGAUCUCGGGCCUGAGGGCGUUUUGUUUGGAGACGUGAACGAGAACGGAGACGACCCGAACCAGAAGACGCCUCAAGACAUCAGCGUGCGCGCUUUCAUCGUUACCCCGAAACAAAGGCCAGAAAGGUGGGCUGGGAAAGAACUUAUCCCCGACGAGGAGCUCGUGCUACCCGGAAAUCUCGCGUAUGAGCCGCAGGUCAACGGUUUGACAAGCAUCAUUUCUGAUAUCUUUGGAGAAAUUCCUAUUGAGGUGGUUGGAUAUCAGCCGUCCAAUAUCCCUUCCAAUCUGUUCAAAUCUUGGGAAAGAAGGACGAUUGAGAAAGAGAGAGAACGUGGAGGGAGACCGGCGACAGAGGAAGAGGAACAAGAAUGGUGGGCUGAGAGGGAAGCGGAGGCGGGCGCCUGGCAGAAAAGGUUCUUGGCUAAAAGCACGCGGGGGAAGCUGCUUCUUCAGUACCAGCCGGCGGAUCCAGAUGUCUGCAGAGAGGAGGCUACAUGGCGUCUGUGGAUUGAGGACCACGAGGUCGGAGAUCGAAGCGACCAGUGGACCGCGUCCGUGGACCAGACUUUCGUGUGGAAUAGUGGUCCAAGUAACAGAAAGAGAAGUGGCAAUGAGAGUUACCAUGCUCCCAACCCACUCCGACCCAGGCAGAACAACGUCACAGUCACCGGGUGCAGUGCGACAUCAGCAACAACGACUGUGACGAGCACGUCUACAGCAACCCUCGGCCACCCGACCCCGUUUCUAUGCCGGCCCGAGACCUGCGGCGGCGGGGACGGAUCUUCCUGCUCAAAGCCGCCAGACAGAUCAUCAGUGAGUUCACAGGAGCUCACACGUCGCACAGCGGACCUCGAGAAGCGUGGGCAGACGGUCGACGGUGAAUGGCCCGACCCGGAAGACUACGAAGGGGAUCGUAGCAAGUUCAUGGUCGCCCAGAUGGCAGAGAUCAGAGACUGGGAGAUGAUUGGGAGACAACGCGGCCCUGCUGUCAACGGUCUUUACGAGCCUCAGUACGUCACGCACGGCUCCUCACAAAAUCUCUCCCCACAGUUCGGCGGCAUAACCACGUCCAAAUAUGUUCUUUUCGGCAAAGACGUUGCGUCAAUCGCGCUUGAGGGACUCUACGGAUGCACGUCCAUUAUUGUCGUGUCGCAGCGCGGCGCGUUUGUGAACCACGUUUGGGAGACAGUGUUCGCGUUUCCCCACGAGUGGAAGCGAGACGUGGAAGACGAAGACAGCGAACUGUGGAAAGGGCUCUAUUCAGUUCUUCCAACUAGCCCCUGGCGCAGGGUGGUGGAUUUUGCGAAAUACGGCUUGAAGGAUCUGGUUGGCAAGGAGCGCAUCGGGCCACCGGGCACUAUGUUUGGCGACGUGGCGACACCGGAUGACGAUGACAGGGACAAGAAGAGCUCCGAAGACCUCAACACCCGCGCCUUCAUUCUCACGCCCCGCGAGAAGCCGAAGCGAGUGGAGAAGUCUGAGGACGGUACUGAGUGGCUAUUCUUCCCAGACGAGGUUGCCCUUCCUGACCCGAUCAACGCAAUGGAUGGCACGAUCGCAUACGAAGAUCAGGUUGACUUCCUGAAAAGUAUGGUCAGUUCUAUCUACGGCGAUAUUGACGUGGAGGUUAUCACGUAUUCACCGCCUCUGGGGACGCUGGAGAUGUUGAUGGAAAAGUAUAAAAAAUACGAGGAGAGAGGCGGUAAAGACCCGCAAGGGGACGAGUUAAACAGGGAGAUUGAAGAGUUUAGCAGGUACCAGCGUGAAACCUAUGGGCCCACGCCGCGGGGGAAGCUACUUCUUCAAUACCAACCCGCAGACGUAGAGGACUGCAGAGACCAGGCGGCGUGGCGUCUGUGGAUCGAGGACCGCGAGUUAGGGGACCGAAGCGACCAGUGGAAGGCGUCCGAUGACCAAACCUUCGUGGCUCCGAAUGAUGACGAGUCAAGCGACGGCGAGGGAGCUGGCAGUGGAAGUGACGGUAGUCCUGUCAAAUUACGACCCAGGCAGAACAAGGUCAAGGCAUGUCCCGUCUACCAAGAAGAGCGGUGCGAAGUCUCUGACUGCGGCGAUGCCUGUCCAGUCAUCUUGUGGAAGGACGUGGAGAAACCGAAGUGGAUGACCAAGCGCGGCAUGCCGGUGGAGGGCGACUGGCCGGACCCAGAAGACUACCCCGAGGGCCGCCGGGACCGGUUCCUCAUUAACGAGUUCCAGCUCAUCACGACCUGGGACCCGAGCCCGAACAACCAAGACCUCGAGUUCUUUGGCGGGUACGAUCCGGUCUGGGUCCGGCACGGCCAACCGGAGCAUGUGGGAGUGGAGAUGGCAGGCAUGACGACGUCUAACCACGUCCGCUUCGACUCACAGGUCGCGGCCAUUACUCUUGGGGGUCUGUACGGCUGCACGGCGGUGGUUGUGGUAUCACAGCGCGGGGCGUGGGUGAGCCACAUCUGGGAGAACCAAAUCUACACGCAAAAAGAGUUCACGUUCCUGGUGAAUGAUAUGCUGCCUAAGGGAAUCGCCCCCGGCGAGCCUGGAGAGGAGUGGAUGAAGUUCGGGAUGAACACGAUGGUGGAGAAUCCAGACCGCGCUCCCGAGGGCGUAAUGUUCGGGGAUGUCAAGGAGAAGGAUGACAAUACGAAAGACGGCGCAAAGUCGACCCAGGACAUUGGCACGCGCGCCUACAUCAUAGCUCCCCGCGUGCGAGCCGAGCGAUUCCGCAACGGCCAACUUGUCCCUGAGUCCGAAUUCUUGAACGACCUGAACCACAACGUGGGCCAGAUACGGUACCCGAGCCAGGUGGGCAAACUCAAACAGAUCGUACGAGAUAGCUUGGGCGACAUCCCCGUGGAGACCCUCGACUACUCGCCCCAGGCGCUGCCGAACCGCAUAGUUGAGAAGUACGAGACGCUUCGGAUGGAGAGGGUCCGGGCAGGAAGGCAGGAGACGCCGGAAGAAGCGAGUGCGAGACGGAAGGAGUGUCGUGGUUUCCAGGAAAAUGUCGCGAGGACCUCCGUACGCGGGAAGCUGCUCAUCCAGUACCAUCCGGCCAAGACUUGCAACGACAUGGCCAGCUGGAGGCUGUGGUGGGAGAACCGCGAGAUCGGUAAUAAGUACGACAGUUGGGUUCCUGAGUCGAAUCAGAUCUUCCAGAGUAAGAAUGCGCCGAGGCAGGUGUGUUCUAUGCGUAAACCCACGUCUGGGGCGUCGACGGCUACCAAAAGGGCUUCUUCGCGGAAACAGAAGCCUACUGGAUCUCUCGUUACGACUCAUAGUGCCGGUUUCAACUCAACACGACCGGGUUUGACUGGAACGGGUUCAACUCCUCGAGUCACGACAACUGGUAGUUUGAAUGCAACCAUCACUCGCCGGCCCGGGUCUACGGGAUCAGCUGCGACAUCAAGGGCUUUGACUAGCACUACGAAAGUCGUCAACUCCAAGACAACUUCAUUGAAUAACACCACGACCUUCGUCAACUCAAAAACAGCUCCAUCGACUGAAACAACGACCUUCAUCAACUCAAAGACAGCGUCACUAGCCAAUACUACGACCUUCCUUAGCUCAAAGACAGCCUCGCAUUCCACAGGCGCGAGCCAGUCAUCUUCCAAAACGUCAAACACGAGUUCGAGAUCGACGUCAGCCACAAAAGCCACACACACUUCCAUCACAACCUCGCCUUCGACAUCACAGCCCAAGACAUCAACUUCCCGAGCCCCGGCAACUACAUCGACCAAGCCGAAAGAGGCCGAGCCCUCGCAAGGCGUCGACAUCUACUACGAGCUCGCGAUACGGGUGAGACAAGGCGCACAAACCCGAACCGGCAGAUGGGUGAUGAUAGCCCGGGGCAGCACAGACUCAGACCCCUGCACGGCGCCGCACAUAGGAGAAGCAGAUCCCGUCGACGACCACAAGUCAAAGUCGUGGCCAGAAAGCAUAAGCUCCAUUAGAGACAUCCACGGCAGGAAGAACUGCAAGUACGCCAGCAAGGAUGGCGGUCCUGGCAAGUUCUCGUGUGAUGGGGUCUCCAGCUUUGACUGCGUUACGCACACGGGUUACGAUGCCGGCAGGGACUCGUCGACAAGCUUGCGGUGUGGAGAAUUGGGGCCCAAUCAGAAGAGCUAUGACCCGAGGGUGACUUGCUGGUUGCCUGUCAAAUAA